GCACCAGCCACAAGCCCACCAGGCACCCCACCACUCCACCAGACCACCCCACCAGCACCAGGGAGCACCAGCGAGUCAGCGACCGACCGAGCAGGCAGAGAAAAGCAAACCACCAAAGGAGACGUCUCGCGUCGCGUCCCUUCCUCCUUUCCCUGCCGUUCCCCUUCUCCUUCAGUUCUCCCCAGCUGCUGCGUGCUGCUGCCCUCCCUCCGUCCGCGUCCAGAUCCCGCCCACCAACCGAUCUGGUCGGCCUCCAGCAUGGCGGCGGCGGGGGCGAAGGCGAAGGCGGCGGGAGCCCUGGCGCUGGCGCUCGUGCUCGCGCUCGCGGGGGCCAACUCCGAGGGCGACGCGCUCUCGGCGCUGCGCCGCAGCCUCAGGGACCCCGGCGGCGUACUCCAGAGCUGGGACCCCACGCUCGUCAACCCCUGCACCUGGUUCCACGUCACCUGCGACCGCGACAACCGCGUCACCCGCCUAGAUCUUGGUAAUUUGAACUUAUCCGGUCAUCUGGUGCCUGAGCUUGGGAAAUUGGAGCAUCUGCAGUACCUGGAACUUUACAAGAAUAGUAUUCAAGGAACAAUCCCUUCUGAGCUUGGUAAUUUGAAGAAUCUGAUAAGCUUGGACUUGUACAAGAACAACAUUUCAGGGACAAUACCUCCUACCCUUGGGAAGCUGAAAUCCCUUGUAUUCUUGCGGCUCAAUGGCAAUCGUUUGACUGGGCCGAUCCCAAGGGAACUCGCCGGAAUAUCUAGUCUCAAAGUUGUUGAUGUUUCAAGCAAUGAUUUAUGUGGGACAAUUCCCGCAUCUGGACCAUUUGAACACAUUCCUCUGAGCAACUUUGAGAAGAACCCACGCCUCGAAGGUCCAGAGCUACAAGGCCUGGCCAUAUAUGACACAAACUGCUAGAGGGCACCAUGAAGAAAAGAAUCGCUAGAAAGUAAUGAGCGCACAAUGUUACCAAAAUUGGGUGAUAUAGAUUUAUUAGGUCUGGUUCUGCUGCCACUCUGUAAUCCUCCCUGCAUAGCUCUUAUUUGUAACUUGCUGUCUGCACGAAAGUUAAUGUAUGUUUUAGCAGAAUGCUUUCUGUCCGUGAAAGUAAACUUGAAACUGCUUAUUAUGACUGAAAUGAUAUUGUCAUUUCUGCUGCCAAA